AUGCUGCACUUUGCUCUCUUCGUUGGCCUGACCCUGGCUCUGCGCGAAGAGUCGGGGAGGCUCUCUCUGGAUCGGGAUGCGGAUGGCUACGUUAUUGAUUCCGACCCAUGCAGCAGCCCCAGGGGCAGCGAUUACUGCCAGGUGUCAGUGCAAGCAGAGCUGCGAAAACUUCAAGGGGUAGAGGAUCCUGGUGCCCGCAUUGGCGCGAUCCUGGCGAUUCAGGACCAAGCUUCGAGGGCUUGCUGCAGCCAGGGCACAGACUACGACGAGUUUGUCUUCGAAAGCGCGGCGAAGCACAACAAGGGGAGCACCAGCGCACCACUCUUCGACAGCACGACGGCUCUGGUGGUCAUCGAUUUGCAGCAAGACUUCACUCAGGGAUCCUUGCGGCAGCCUUGUUGGGAUGUUGGCGGCAGCACCUUCCUCAGGAACACGGAGCAGCUCAUUCAAAAGGCUGCAUCUGCGGGUGCUACGAUCAUCGCCAGCAAAGACUUCCACCCGCCCGACCACUGCAGCUUCGCUGGGGAGGAGAAUUGCUUGAAUCAAAAGGACAAGCACGAGGGAACUGCCAAAGAGAGGUAUGUGAAUGACUUUCCAAGCCACUGCAGCUUCGAAUGGACGAAUGGCACGGCCGUGCCGCAGAAGGCUCCGGAAACGCCUUUCUGCAAAUUCAUGGACUCCAUCGAGGUGAAGGUGCCGUUCUGCGGGCAAUUUGACUUUGUCGGUACAGACUUCGACCCAGCUUUGGCUGAGGCGCUGUCUAGGGUUGACCGCAGCCAGGUGGAAGUCGUCUUCAAAGGCUUUCACCAAAAGUACGACUCCUUCAGUGCCAUGGAGCACCGCGAAACGCAAGAAGGUGCCAUGAGCGUCGAGGACGAGGAGAUCAGGUUUACAGGUGGCUAUGCUUUGUCCACUGCUCGAGACGAUGCCUGUCACGGCAAGUGGGAUCAAGCCGACUGCUACCCCACGAAGGAUGAGCUCUUCGGUUCAGGGAGGCGCAGCUUCGCAGAGAUACUUGAAGCACGCCGAAUCAAGAAGAUCGUUGUCACAGGCUUGGUCUACGACUUCUGCGUGAAGGAGACUGCCAUCUUCACGAGGGAGAACAGUCCUUCCACGGAGGUGUGGGUCUUGGCAGAUCUGACACGACCCAGCUUCGAUGGGAAGCCGGGAGCGCCCUACACCACUGGUCUAUGCGAUGGUCAGGAAGCCGAGAACGGCUAUUGCGCUGAAGGUGGUGGCACAAAGCAGUGGUACAAAAGGGUUUUGCAGGACUUCGUGGACAAUGAUGUGAAGGUGAAGCGCCUGGUCGAGCCGGAGUGCGCCUGA